UAUUUAUAAGCAAAAAUUCUUUUUUAGGUUCAUUGAAUAAUGAAUAUAUCUUGUCUUUUAUGUAGACUAGAUACAUUCAUUAUUCAAUAAACCUAAAAAGAGCAUUUUUUCUUGUAAAUCAGGCAGGAGUAGUACCAGUUUGCUUAACUUUUUUUUUUGAAACAAAACAUGUUCCAUACAUACUAUAAUCAACCAAGACAAAGUUCCAUGCCAUUGUAUGAUGCCCCAUCAAAUAACACCAAUUGCUUCGCUUGAAAGUACCAAAGAUCAGAUAUGUCGGAUCUAUCUGUGCCACUGUGAAAAAAUGUGAUUAGCACAUGCAUGUACAAAAGGGAUUGAGUAAUUGACACAUGUGGAUUUCUAUUUAAGCCAAUUUUGAGAUAAUCACUUUAUAUUUGCCCUAUCAUUGAAGAGGUAAAAAUGAUUUAUCCUCAAGCAAACCAAUCCCUUAAUCACUUUAUAUUUGCUCUAUCAUUGGAGAGGUUGAAAAUGAUUUAUCCUCAAGCAAAUUAAUCCGUUAAUAAUAUAUCAAUGUAUAUGUCUUAUAUAUAAGUAUUUUUAAAUCAUCCUUUAACUUAUAAAUUAUUUAAUUCGAGUUAUCUUUUUAAUAAAAAACAAGAUAGAUGUAUUUAACAACCUGUAAAAGAUUUUAAAUUAAAUUAAAAGAGGAAAAAUAAUUCUAUAAAAGGUAUAGUAAAUAGAGCAUGUGACUUACUCAAUUCAGCAUUAUCAAAUCUCCCAACUCCCAAGUACAACAUUAUUGUCAAGUUUCAACAAAAGAUGGGAGAACAGACAGAAAGGUAUGCAGUGGUGACAGGCUCAAACAAAGGAAUUGGGUUAGAGAUAGUUAGGCAGUUAGCUUCAGCUGGGAUCAAAGUGGUGCUUACAGCAAGAGAUGAGAAAAGAGGUCUUCAUGCAUUGGAAACACUCAAAGCAUCUGGUUUAUCUGAUUUUGUUGUUUUUCAUCAACUAGAUGUGGCUGAUGCUUCAAGUGUGGCAUCUCUUGCAGAUUUUGUCAAAUCACAAUUUGGAAAACUUGAUAUUCUGGUUAACAAUGCUGGGAUUGGCGGAGUUGAAAUUAAAGACCGUGAUUUAUUCACUUCAGCGAUCAUUACAAACGGGGCAUUAUCUGACGAUGAAUUGAGAAGGACAAUGACGCAACCGUACGAAUCAGCUAAAGAAUGCUUACAGAUAAAUUAUCGCGGUGCUAAGAGAACAUUUGAAUGCCUUCUUCCCCUCCUCCAGCUAUCAGAUUCACCGAGAGUCGUCAAUGUAUCAUCAGCAUUGGGCAAGAUAGAGUGUGUAUCAAAUGAAUGGGCUAAAGGAGUGUUCAGUGAUAUCGAUAACCUUACCGAAGAGAGAAUUGAAGAAGUGUUGAAGAAGUUUAUCAAAGAUUUUGAACAAGGGUCCAUAGAAAAAAAUGGCUGGCCUAGGUAUACAGCUGCCUAUAUUGUUGCUAAAGCUUCAAUGAAUGCUUAUACAAGAAUUAUUGCAAAGAAAUAUCCAAAUUUAUGCAUCAAUUGUGUUUGUCCUGGUUAUGUGAAGACAGAUAUAACUGCUAAUACUGGUUUCUUCACUGCAAAAGAAGGUGCUGCUCAUCCUGUUAGGUUAGCAUUGCUGCCCAAUGGUAGUCCAUCUGGUCUCUACUAUAUCCGAAAUGAACUCUCUUCAUUUUGAAUGAUUUACACCAUAGGUGUAACGAUUUUAUACAGUUAAUAAAGCGAUGAACAUAAGCCAUGAAAGUAACCAAAAAUGCUUGAAACCAGAUACAACAAAUGCUUGAACGUCAGUGUUGAUUUUGUCAAGUGGCUGAUGCAUUUAUUCCUUUCCAUCUUUUUGACAUUGCAUUGGUGCAAUGACAACCAAGUGGUUACUUUUGUCAAUUUAUGAAUGAAUGGUAGUUUAUCUCUCUCUUUUGUUUAUGGUUUUUAUCAAUUUGAAAAAAAAUUAUGUUUUAGAUUUCAAGGUUUUAUUUGGUUAAAAUCGAAUUUAAUUUCCAUCAAUUCGGAUCUAAAAAUUAAAUGGUCAAGCCCAAGACUGGUCAACAGCAGGCGCACGUGUUAUUGUUCUCUCCCCUUUGGCCUUAGGGGUGGCAAAACGGGUCGUGGCUCACCUGGCCGGCCCGCGCAUCCGCAAUAAAAUGAUGGGUUGGGUUGGGAUUUUGGUCCUGCAGCCCGCCAAAAUCCGUCUCGUUUAUUCGUUCAUCCUAUCCCGCCUUAAGUCUGAUCUUUUUUUAGUUAAUUAUAAUAAUUCUAAUUUUUGAUGACUUAAUUUAUACAUUUAUAUGUGAAUAUAUAAACAAUAUUUUUUUAAGUGAAAUUUGUUAAAAAAAUGCUUUAUAAAAAAUAAGUGAAAAUUUUAAUCGAAAGGUAAAAAA